ACACAAACAGAUAUCGUGCGAGUCAUCUUUUCCUCUUUACUUCGUCAUGCCAGGCUUUUCUAUAAGGAAUACCUGUUGAACUUUAUAAUAUUUGGGAUGGUGAUGCAUAAAAAUCGAAAAAUAUGAGCCACACGUGCUAAGUCUUUAAAAUAAUAACACUGAUUCAGCGAUUUUUAAUCCUUCUUAAACAAACACCCAGUGUAUAUUUAAUACUGAUUGUUUUAUAAUCCAUUUAGGAGUGUUUCGCUUUAACAUUGAUUGCGAGGCAGUUUCCUUGCAAAAUUUAAGUCUUAAAGUGUAUUUUUCACCCCGAUUUCUACGUUUCAACUAAGAAAAAUGUCUCUGUGCCGUCAGAAUUAUCAUGAAGAGUGCGAAGCUGGCAUUAACAAGCAGAUCAACCUUGAGUUGUAUGCAAGCUAUGUGUACUUGUCGAUGGUAGGUUCGCUUUCUUCCCGCCGUCAUUUUUCGAUACAGGUGGUCUAAAGUUUAUGUGUUUUUUCGCUCUAGGCCUAUCACUUCGAUCGUGAUGAUGUGGCUCUGCCAGGAUUUCACAAAUUCAUGCUGAAACAAUCGGACGAGGAACGUGAACACGCUCGCAAGGUAACUUAAUCGCGAUGUUAAAUCAUUUUCAAAAUGUCAUCUAAGUCGUGUGGCCCCGUAGUUUAACUAAUCCGCACUAUCACUCAAUUUGUAGCUGAUGAAAUACCAGAACGAACGAGGAGGCCGCAUUGUGUUGCAAGAUGUCAAGGUAGGGGUGAAAAAAAUCGAAUUUGACACAAUCGGCAAUUUUGGAAAGUGCCAUAGCUUUUCAACUGGGUGUAACAUUACAUGAGAGGAGUUCGCCUUUCUCUCGCUGUUACUGUGCAAAUUCAUGACAAUUUUUGUAGAUCGUUCGUUUUUUUGGUUUUUCAGUGUUUAUCGGUAACUGUUAGAAAUGUUUGUUCUCUGGGGAGCUUGAAGGGUCAGCGAACACCUUCUGAAUGCGAGAUGAAACGUACACGCACUCGCCUCAGACUGAGUGGGCUGUGACAGUACAAAUAAGAGCUUUAUCUUUUUGCGAUGAAAUUGUGUGACUGUUUCAUGUGUAAAAAUUCUGGGUGAUUCUCUUUUGCAUCCUCUUUGUCAUGAGUUGUAAGUUCGAGUCCUUUGCGGGAGAAGAAAGUCAGGAAGAGCUUGGUAGUAAAUCUUGGCAAAACAACCCAAUAAGUAGCGUUUGGGGGGCAGGGCACAGGGAGCAGGGAGCAGGGGGCAGGGGGUAGUACAGUGCCGUACAGGACAGACACUAUUGUCUGUCCCCGCAGAGAAUUUUAACGACAGGAUUAUGACUGUAGUUAGUGUCUUCUGAUUAUCAGUGGUGAAUGUGUUUCAUGUUUCGUUUUCCUUUUUGUAGAAGCCAGACAAGGAGGAUUGGGGAUGUGGACUGGAAGCGUGCCAGGCUGCUUUGGAUUUGGAGAAGCAUGUGAACCAAGCCUUGCUCGAUCUGCAUAAGAUUGCCGACUCUAAUGGUGAUCCCCAGGUGAGUUUUAUGCUACUCAAAGCCCUUCAAGUGAGGUUGUAUGUCUCGUGGUAAAAUGUUUUGAGGAAUUAAAUUGUUUGAUGGCCAUUGUGACAAAUUGUGUGCGGACACUACACAUACAUACAUACAUGUUUUUGGUUUGGAGUCUUAUACAAUAAAUAGUAUAUCAACUAUUUCCAAAUAACUAAAAUUACUAACAACAAAAAUUUCUAGCCAAAUAUGGCUAAUAAGGUUAUUAAUUAAUUAAGUCCUAGAGUAUUUACUUUUUGCCGUCUUCCCCUUUCCUUUUUUCAAAGCAUUCGAGUACAUUUUUGUAUUUUAGCAUUUCCGCUAGGGGGGUUUAUUAGAAACAUGAAUAUUUUGUUAGGUGACAUUCUGCUUAUUUUUAUUCUAUAUUCUUUUUCCAAAUAACGAUCAUCUUUUUUCCUGUUAAGCAGGGCAUAUAUUUAGAAAAUGGUAUUCGUCCUCCACAUUCUUUCUUCAGGUUUCUUAAACGGUCUCGAAUAACGUCCCGUCCCUAUGGCUAAUUUGUGGUUGCUUAAUCGCACAUCUACACCAUGAUUGGGGGGGGGGGGGGGGGGGGUGUAGUUACGGAAACUUCCUGCUGCAAGGGUUUCAAAUAGGCCAUUUUUGAGUUCCCCCGGGCCUCUGUUUCAAAACGAAGGUAGGUGCUCAGCCUUUGAUAUGGAAACCCUUCUCCCCUCCGCCUUUACAUCUUUUCUUUUUUUGCUCCCGCUCUGACUUUCGUGCAAUAACUUGCCAAAUUUAAGCAAUCUAUUUGUGAGUUUCCCACGGUUUAUUGUUUGAUUAUCUCUUGGCGAUAUCGAGCUAAAAAAUAAGCUCUCCUUUUUCUGCUUUCUCCUGAUUUCGCACAAUAUUCAGUUAACUCAUCAUUAUCACAUUGCCCAUAAUGCACCUUGUUUAUCCCUCAAAAUUUUGCAUAAGCAUUGUUUCUCCUUGGAAGACUGUAAUACCCAAUAGAAAUUGGAGGCAAUGGUUAUGGUAAACAAGGUAUAUUAUGGGCAUUGUGAAAAGGCCCUCUCUACACCAAUGCGUUUUCAAAAGUAUGCAUUUUCCUUGUCAUCAGAAACGCAUCAAUCAAUUCGCGUUCACACUAACGUUCUGAUGCGUUUUCGACUGUCCUCAUCAAAACGUUCCAGAAAGAUAGAAUUGCGCGUUGUGACGUAAGUUGAACUCUAUGCGCAUGCUACAAACACGCGCCUGCGAUAUUUUCGGUCAUCUUUUUCAUCUUGAUGCGUUCUCUAUCGUCCACACCGUCAUGAUAUGUAUGUGUUUUCGUUUCGAUCCAUUUUCAAGAGCGUUUUCAGAUCGAUGCGUUUUCGAUGAAAACGCUCAGCGUGUGGACAGAAUGCCUAAACGCAUCGAAAUAUAUGGGUUGUCAUACGAAAGCACAUUACUGAGGAAGGGACAUAAGAGAAUGCUCAUUCUGAAAUGGGCUAUUGCAUUUAAUAUCCGUACCCUCCCUCCCGGUUGAGGACCAACCUUUUCUUCUUAUCCCUGAAGAUUAAAUAAAAUUGUAUGUACCCUGAAGACUUCCAUAAAAUAUGAAUUUACCCCUGAAGAAUAUAGGUCUACUCCUGAACGAUUUCGUGUAAAUUAAAGCUCCACAAAGAAUUCCACAUUUUUUUACUCUACUACUGGAAGAUCCUUAGUUUUUAUAACUUACCCUUGAAGAAUUCUUUGAUUCCUCAACCGGGGGGGAGGGGGUACGGGUAUUAAAUAGCUCAGUCCUACUUCACCAGGCAAUAAGGUGACAUAACUGUUUUUUUCUUCACAGUUGCAAGGGUUUUUGGAAUCAGAAUUCCUUGAAGGGCAGGUUGAAAGUAUCAAAGAGCUAUCAAACUUCUUUAAUACCCUCACACGGCUUAGCAAGGAUAACUACGCUCUUGGUGAAUACCAGUUUGAUAAAGUAACUCUUAAAGGCAACAGCAAGGAAUAG